AUGAGCCCCCCUCCAAGUACACCUACGCCCAAAAGGUUUCUUCUGCCAAAACGUGGCACGCAGUCAUCGCAAACUCCUGCGACGUUACCGCGUUUCCAGUCAACUCCUCGAUUUGCCUCGUCAUCUGUUCCGAGGCCAACACAGGCAAGAACCGGCAUAGAUAUUGAAGACGUUGAAGAUGUAGGAGACAAUUCGCAAGAAACCCUUUCAGGGAGUGAUGAACCCCAAGUUCAGCUUAGAAAGCAUGACUCAAUUCAUGACUCAAUCGAAAUCGAGUCUGAUGAUGCCACUGCGUCACAAGGUGGCAGCAUAGCCAUUUCAGAUAACGAACCAGAUGUUGUUCUUCAAGACUCUCUCGACCUUGAGAUGUCUAACUCUACACCUUCGCAGUCCGAUUCUCCCUCAUUGGAAGAGCGGGAACCAAAACGGCGAAGGGUAUCGAGUUCACCUCGGCGAGAAUCUAGCACCCCAGAAGAGCAACGCAACCCAGGCAACGAAUCCCCCGGAGAAACAUAUGAAAGUGGUCUUACGCCUUCACAAGGGUCUACACAGAGUAUCCAGGAUGCUAUCAACCUCAACAAUGAGUUAAAACCUCUUCAGCAACCAACCUUUCACGCGCCACCACGCUUCAAGCCUGUUGACCUCGAUCCCGCAGUAGAUGGCCUACCCGCAGCAUUCUCCCCCCAACGCCGAGGAGCCAAAUACAUAGCUGGUGGCUUAGCAGCUGAACUCCAAGGAUGGCUCUCUGAAGUCAAGGGCUGGGAAGGUUCGGCACCAGCGACAACUCUGGCCAAGAAAGUGAUUAUCGAAGAAAUUCGACCAGGCCGGCGGAUGUACCUGGUCAAAGCGCGGGCAGGUACAUCUGAAGAGGGUAGAUACCUGCUUGCAGGCGAAGGUAGGUUAACGGGCCUUGGCCAGAGGAUGCCGGUGAUCCUCGGGAGUGUUGUUGAUGUGGGACAGCCUGUAUGGGAUAUUGUGUUGGAUGGACAGGUUUGGACAGUGGCUUGUUUGAGAAGUGGUUAG